GCUCUUACUGUACUCUUUCUUUUCCUCUCUAAUAAAUUUUUUCGGCCACUGGCCCUUCGCGAAGAAAAAAGGAAGGUGCGUCGCGCAGUAUCUCCCCAAAGCGCCAUUUGCGCUCUCCAAAACCGCCGUUCACGGUACUCCCAAAAAAAUUACAGAGGUAGUACAGAGACGCCGUCUGCCGCAGCUAUGGCCGAGUUCUCGUGGCUCACGGGUCUGGGAUUCGCCUUCCUGACCUUCAACUCCGGCAUGGCCAUCUACCGCUCCAACCGCGACGCGGGCUCCGUCAUCUUCGUCGCCGUCUCCUACCUCGACCUCGUCGCCCUCUUCGCCUGCCUGCGCCUCUACGAGCGCCUGGACCGCCACUCCCCUCGCCGGGACACGGUCAAGGCCGCCGUCUGGGCGCUCACGACGCUCCUCACCGUCAUGUUCAGCUAUAAAGUCGCCGAGCUCAUGCCCCUCGCCGUCAAGGUCUUGGUCUGGGCGAUGGCCGCCGCCACCACCUGCGGGGGAUUCUAUGCCUUCUUCAUCCACGACGAAAAGCAGUACCAACAGCUGCAGCAGGUCGCGCCGGCUGCGGCCGAGCGCGGGGAUGGCUCCAACGAGUAGAUCUAGUCGGCUGGGCGCUUGCCGCCGCGAGGUACGUGCUUCAGUGCUAACAGCGGCGGCGCACUUUAGAUCUCAGGGCCUAGUACUAGGUCGUUCUUGCAUAUCUUGGCCGUUUCUCUUCCCUUUUGGCCUUUUCUGCCGUUUUUGCUGUCACAUGGUCGCCUUCAGCUUGCCGGCGUGCUAAGAUUAGUAGAUCUGGAAUUUGGCAUCGGCAGAUCCUCGCUGCUGCUGCCGCGGGCAGAGGACUUCUUUCGAGUUUGCUGUGCUUUUGGUCAAAGCAACGCGGCCGAUCCCCGUUGACAUGUGAGUUUGGCUUGCUGCAAAUUGCUUAUUAGACUCUCUGGCCUUCAAGUUGGGCGUGUGCUUCCCCGGGAGGAGGAAGAAACUGCAAUCGCUUGAGGUAAGGUGAGCGGAUCGUGUUUGCGUACGGGCUUAAUUUGCAUCAGGAAGAGAGGAGUGGAACGGGGGCUCAGGAGGAGAGAAGAGGAACGGAGGCAGAACCUGUUGGUACAGAGGUGAUGUGCAACUGAAGAUACUUUGCUUAAAAUUUGAGUGUGUGAAUGCAGAUUGGGAGAUCACAUCGUACAUGGAGGGCAUAGAUAUGAAUACCGAGGAUGAUUAUAAGGGCCAAAGAAGAUGAAAACGGCAAAGGUUGAUGCUGUACCUUGGAAGAACCGGAGGACAACAGUUGAUGGAACAGGCAGAGAUGCAAGUGAAAAUUGCAGAUACAAUUUAACUUCACCUGCAAAGUAGAAAAUUGGAAUGCAGUGCACUCGCUGUGUUUGGCGGGCAGGUGGGAAAAAAAAAAUCUGAUGCAGCCAUCAGUUGCUGCAGUAUGCCGAUGGGAACUCUAGAUUGAACAUAGAUGUCAGCCGUUCAACCAUAGAUGUCCUCUUCAGCAUGCAGUUGCUUGUGAGCUCUCUUAAAAAUUUCAGCUGAUUUAUGUCCCUGAUUGCAAAGAGCAGCCUGAUUACUCUCUAACUCCAUGCAAAAGUAUAUGCACGGAAUCAAUUCAGCUCCUGAAGAAAAUAUUUUCAUGAAUCAUUUAACAAACUUGGCUGUGUGCGGAGAUCAUUCACAAAGUAUUUCCUCUUGUCAAGAAAAUAUAGCAAACUAGAUUGCAUGCAGAGUGGAGAGCUAGAAGGACAAUGAGAGAAGUUUUCUCCAGUUUGUAUGUUUCAGUUCAUUUGAAUAUCGAUAUAACUAUGUCUAGUAGGAUCCAUGAAAUGGUCAUUGAAUUACAUGAUCAAUAGUAAUGGAGGGCACAUAUGAGGGGAUACAAGACAGACAAUCGCACAGCAGCGGAUAUUCGAGGGCCGUCAAAUGCUAUGACGAUGCUGAUGCCAAUGCCAAUUCCUAUGCUAAUUUUUUGUCACGCUAGGCAAGCUGAGAGCCAGGUGAGAACUUAUCUUUUUUUUAAGGAAAGAGAAAAGGCCAAGAUAUAUAAACCUCUAGUUUGCCCAAAUCUGAAUUGUUGUCGCUGUUGCCUGAUGCAUGUACUGAGCUGUAGCAAGUUCCCAACCUGCCCUAUUACAAGUUUUAAUUUAAAUAAAAUGCACCGUCUAUCUACAUGCUAUGAAGUGUAGAAUUUCUGUAAAUUGUAAUAUGUCUAUGUAUGCUUAUAUCGUAUGUCGGUCAACGCUGCUUCAUCGAGCUCCCGCUGGUUCUCAGAGUAUGCUUGAUGGUCCAGGUUAAGUACAUCACUACUGGCACGUACUGUAUUAUUGUUGUCCCCAUCCCCUUCAUUGUAACAUGGGUUUUAUAAGUUCUUGAGCACGUAUGUAUAAUGCAAUCUAUAGUGCCCUAUUAAGAGUUCUGCAUUCCGCAU